CUCGCGCAGGCACGUGCUAUGCCUAUACCAUACACGUGCCAUUACCAUCAUCUCCAGAGACAUCGAAGGGACGGGAAGCAGCACGGAAUAGACAUGAAACGCGGACAUAGUCGGAGGUCCUGGUCAGGCAGUAACGCGUCACAGCAUUCACGGCGGUCCCGUUCGCCCGCUGCACCCCGACGCUCGUCCAAGUCUUUCCAGAGCACGGGAAUCAGCAUCGCGUCCACUUCUGUUGCAAAGCUAUGUCGUCCGUCUUCCAUAUCAUUUAAGGUGCCCCGCCGUCCUCGUUCCGUGUCCGUCACCAAGUUUCAAGAAGUGCGUCAAGAUUCGUCGCGGACCUCUCCAUUUGUCUCCAGUAGUCCACAGACGAGUGAUGCAAACAUAAAAAUCCACGUCGAACUCCAAGGAUCGUGCAACCUCGUUACAAAGUCGGGAAGUGUUGUAGAAUCCCGUGAGCGAACGCAAGGGAGCUGCGCUACCUUGUCAGCGUCACCUUCGAGGGCAUCCGAUUUGGCUCCACAUGUAAAAUCAUCAGCAGUGGAGCAGCGCCUUACGUUACCGCCAUGUGCGUCCGUGACAUUGACAGGCAACAUAACGUCAAAGGUUGAUGUUCGCAAGAGAGCGAUGAGCGUGGGACACAUUGCCUGCCCUUCGAUGACGCUAACUUCAGAGGUGAAGGAAAUGUUACAGGAGCCUCCCACUGAAGCGCGCGCUCGGGUUAGUCCUGUAACGCUUGUUCCUGAUGCGGACAAUUCUUUCUUGGGACUUCCCAAACCAGUGAACGAACUGAACAUUGCUGCUCCUGCUCCGCUUUUGCCACUGCAUGAACAGAUGGCAAAGCCUAGAAGAAGCGCAAGUUCAGCGGGCGAAAUGCGCUCAGGUACUCUCCUGGCACUUUUGAAAGCAGAUGGAGCUCCAACUGGAACAUGUUUUGAUGGAUUCAAAUAUGAAGGCGUAGCGCACGGAACAAUAACAGAAGCACGGGAGAAGCCAAUCAUUACAGAUCUUACUGGGCUCGCUAAAAGCAUAACUGAUGAACCUUUACUUUCAACAAUCCUUUCACAAUCUGAAUUUCCGGACACGAGUAUCGCUGGACGUGAUCUCGCAGCUGGGAGGACAUCACAGGGUAUUGGAGCUGCUAAUAUUACCGUAAAACCUACGGAACUGCGACAAGACAGCGAAGCAAGUUCGUAUAUUGCGAGCAGUGAGCCACAUGCUGACACGGUAACUGAUGAGCUGGAUUCCCCAGAUAAGGUGACGACGGAGACAAGUGAUGACGAAGCAUUUCUCGGCGGUGAACGGCCUGUCGAAGUAGAGGACAUGAAUAGUGAGCCUGAGGACGUAAACGUAAUGGCUCCCAAAUCUAAACAGAGCCCAAUAUUUUAUGAGGAGGUCAUGCCUAGUCCUGGUGGGCUUUUCUCCCCGGAUGAGAAUUACGACGACGCUGAUGAAUCGCCCGACAGUCGUAUCGCCAAGAGAAGGGCUCGAAAAGCUACAAUCGAGGGGCUGGCGAGACGACUUGCAGCAGACACAGCACCAGAUCAAUUACGACAUCGAGAAGAAGCAGAUAUCCUGUUGGAAAGAAGACAAAGCAGAAUGGAUGAACUGGCGAAGUUAAUUGGCCCUUUGGAAGGUGAAAGGGACAGCAUAACAGACGGAAACAAAAGCUCAAACGAAAGAGGAUUCGAACUGCCAGCUCACGAGCAUUAUGGGAGUGAAAAACACAGCGCGGAACACAAAAUAGAUGACACUGACGAAUUAUUGUUGGAACGGCGCGGUCCCCUGAUUGCAGCUCAGCGAACAGAAAAGCGUACCUUUCGAAAAACGAUAGAGGUCACUACUGACGCAUUUAAUGAACCUCUGGCAGCACCAAGAAGUGGAAGCCUCCUCGAUAAGCAUACGCGUGAAGAUUCUGAUUUGGCAGCCAUGGAAAACUCUGCGUCAUCGUGCGUUACAAGUACUCAUGCCACGACACAGGAAGCAUCAGAGCAGCGGUCUUCAAGUGCUGGGAAUGGUGGUACCAAACAGAAGUCCGAUACCAUCGUGGCCAAUACAGGGGAGACUAGGGCAAAAGUAGAGGCGUCCGACUCCAUGAAACGGGCAGGUGUACUGCAAAACAGGCCACUCAAUAAGUUGCCUGAAUCCUCUCAUAAGGAGUCGUUACGAAACACGGAAACUUCGAUGCCUGAAAUUAUCCCUGAAAGCCCUGAUAUUGGAUCAGAUGCAUCGAGUGAAAAUAUAGACACCAGGGAGCUGUCGCAAGUGGAAAGCAGAAACGAAACGGAAGCGUCGUUUUUUCCUACAGUACCUUGUACGCAACACGAAGGCACGCAGGAACAGAGUGCGCAAGAGUACAAGGAAUUUACGAAGUCCUUUAGACAGGAAGAUUUUAUGUCCACUCUGGAAUCGUUGUUCUCUUCAAGUGGAGUCAAGUGGAAGGUACACACGUUGUACGAUACCCUAACAUCCUUGAACAAACAAGACAGGUCCUUGUAUAAGGUUGUGUACAACCCAGACUUUUUGGUAAGACAAGCCGAUGAAUAUGACCUAUCCGACAUAGCGAACAAGCAUUGGGAGCACAUCACCAUUUGUGUGCCGGAGACCAUUACGACGUUCUUCAACUGCCAUCCACGAAGUUUCUUCGUAUGUGUGGACAAAGAAGGUAUGCGCAGCGGUAUUAUCUGCAUAAUAGUCUUUGGAGGUGGAGUUGCUUGCUGUUGCAUCAAUCAUGCCAAACUGGAGUACUCAGAGGACGGAGUGCGUCGCAUGCUCUGGGACGCCAUUCUCGACAUUCACAAAGAUCUGAAUAUAUUUGCAAUGGUUCCAGCAGAGCGAGUGCAUGUGUACCACACACAACUAGGCUUUUACACGUCUCGCGAAGACUUUGUGCUUCAUGGCAAGCUUCCCCCGUGUAACGACCUGAGCGCCUUGGAUGUACCACUGAAAGCUGGUCUUACUGUAAAACCAUUCGACAUGGACAUGUUACCUGAACUUGUGGAGUACGACAAAACCGUGCUUGGGUUCGCACGCAAGCUCUUCUGGGAAUACACGGUAUACGAGCGCUCCUUAACCCUACACAUUGCCGUUCGCAACGGAAAAGUCCAAGGCUACGCGGGAUUACAGUACGACAUCGACGGGGCUCUCGUGCUUCGUUGGCUAUUUGCGGAAGACACUAAUACUGCGUGUCGGCUGCUCUACUCCCUGCUGCACGGUGUGGAGAAAUUGAAAAAGAAUGGAAUGUGGGUGGCUUUCCACGUUUUCAGCCCCAUUGCGAGGUCGGUGAUGCAGAGCUUCGACACCAGCACGCUAAAGCCCUGGAUGCUUAUAUUCAACAAGAGGGAGCCUUUUCUUCAGCACAAGUCCAUAGCUGUGCUCACUUGCAUCUGAUAGAAGCCAAGGACCUUGAGGUCCACUGCCCAGUUCACCAAAGACGUUAAUUGUGAUGCGGGCAAGCCCCGUGUGGCACGUACAAGUUUGCCACAGCUGUGACAGUGAUUAUGAUUAGGACUACUGCUGGCGCCAGGUACGCUUAAAGUAUAUUACCGAUAUAGGAAGGAGGUGCAGUUCUUGUAGAUUUGAACUACAGUUAAAUGUGUGGACUCGUCACGAAACAAAUGGAUGAGGACAAGUAUUCCUGCAUUCAACUGCGCGUUCAAUGUUGUGUUCAAAUAGUUUCUUUUAAUAGCAAUAUUCUUACGUUUAAAAGGCUAAAAUUCUAGGAGGAGGAAAUGAUAUCUCCUCGCACAUUUUUCUUAAUGUAACAAAGUAGAACAAUGUAUUCUGGGACAUGUGCCAUUACAUUCUUAUUAUCUAUGGCCCAACAUACUAACCCCUUCUGUGUGUACCAUGAUGCGCAGAAAAUUUUAAUUAUAGGGGACCACACUCCUCUAGCCUUCUAGCAUGCACUCAAUUCUUACAAGCAUAAACAUGUUUAUCCUGUA